AUGGUUCAGUGGUAUAGUGACCCAGUGCUUCAGUUGCACCAUGACCAAGCUUUUGGAUCACGGAAGCCGGGGGCAAGCACUCUCCCACCAGGUCACGAUGAAACUAGCUUCCAGCGUGCUCUGGGAGAAUUCAGGGCCAUCGUCGGCGAUGAACACGUCAUUGUUGAUGAAGGGUUGGUGAAUUUUCGAGAUCCAUACCCAUUAUUCGAGGAGGGAUUCGAGGCAUCUGCUGGUUUAUGUCCAGCAUCUGUUGAGGAAAUCCAGGCGAUUCUCAGAGUUGCCAAUCAGCAUAAUGUGCCCCUGUGGGUUUGCUCACAGGGGAAGAACUUUGGCUACGGUGGGCCUGCACCUCGAGUUGCUGGCACAGUUGUCUUGUCUCUUCAGAGGAUGAGGCGCAUAUUAGAGGUUAACGAGAAGCUUGCGUACAUCGUGGUGGAGCCAGGCGUGACAUUUUUCGACGUUUUCAACCACUUCGCCGAGAACAAACUCAACCUCUGGAUGUCAGUUCCAGCCCUGGGGUGGGGAAGUGUCUUGGGUAACACUCUUGAUCGUGGCCAUGGGUACACCAUUUCGGGAGACCGGCAGCACUUUAUCGGUAGCAUGGAAGUAGUGCUGCCUUCGGGGGAAGUCCUCCGUACUGGUCAAUGGGCGGUGCCUAAUUCCCCAAGCGCACACGCCUGUGCCAACAGUUUCGGUCCUCAGGUGGACGGCCUGUUUCUGCAAAGCAACCUUGGUAUUGUCACCAAGAUUGCGGUAGCCGUUGAUAUCGCCCCAGCAUCCUUUAUGGAUGUCAAAAUCCACUGCCCCGAAGUGGAUGACAUUUCACCCCUUAUUGAUACGCUGCAGAAAUUAGACCGCGAAAGCAUUACACAGAGCCACCAUAUGAUCACCAACAUCAACCAUUUCGCUUCUCACGACGCAGCAAAGCACGAGCAGCAAAGUACCCAAGGUCCACUUACACCUGAAACCAUCGUUUAUUUGAAAAAGAAGUACAACACGGGUUACUGGCGCUGCGUGGUCGCACUGUAUGGCCCGAAAAGCCUUGUCCAAGCCCGCUGGAGGCGCAUCCAGGAGGUUGUAUCCACGGAUCUUCCGUCCAGUAGGAUCGAAAAUACGUUUUACGAAGGAGAAAACGGUCAACCCCUGGAUAACACAAAAAUUGACAGCUUGUAUGCUGGUGUCCCAAGCAUGAAUCCUAUAAAGCUAGCAGAUUACAACCUCCCCGCAGAUGGAUCUGGAUCAGGAGGCCACAUUGACACGACGCUCAUCCUGCCGUGCGACGGUCCAACGGUCUCAGCUUGGUUCAAAAAGGCCAAGUCUAUCAUAGAAGUUGAAGGCGUUGAUCCAUUCAUUGGUUGCCACGUGUUCCCAAAAUACAUCCUGUUUGUUCAGGAAUAUGUUUUUGACAAAACUAACCCGCAGCACCGUGAAGGCGGCCGAAGAUUUAUAAAGUCUUUGCUCGCGGAGGCAGAAAAGAACGGGUUUGCCAACUACCGAUCUCACAUCCAACAUAUGGAUGCGGUUCAAAACCUAUAUGGGUAUAAUGGCCACAUUUACCGGAGAUUUGUUGAGACAUUGAAGGCUGCUCUAGACCCAAACGGCAUCAUCUCCCCUGGGAAGCAGGGAAUUUGGCCGGUCAAGACGAUCUCGUAUGCCUCUAGACCUAAACAAUAA